AUGUUCAUCCAUAAACAUAACAAAGAUGAUGAGGACCAUGGUGUUGUAGAGGCCACAAGUGAAGAAUGCAUCAAAUGGUUAGAUGAUAAGGAAAAAAGGUUGGUUGUUUAUGUUUCUUUUCGGAGUAUGGGUGUACUUGAUGAGAAGCAAAUAGAUGAAGUAGCCUAUGGUUUGAGAGAUUGUGGAAGAUACUUCUUGUGGGUGGUUAAAGGCUUCUUCUGGGUGAAGCUUCCAGCUAAGUUUGUGAGCAAAUAUGGAAAUCACUUGCCCAACACAAUGUUUCUUAAGCUUCCAAACGAUGCAGAAUGGGAAGUAAAAUUGGAGAAAAGUGAUGGCAGUGUUUGGUUUCAGCAAGGUUGGAAAGAGUUUGUGGAGUAUCACUGUCUAGCCCAUGGACACCUCUUGGUUUUCAGAUACAAUGGAACAUCCCAUUUCCAUGUACUCAUCUGUGAUAUGAGUUGCAUGGAAAUAGACUACCCUGUCAACAAGGCAAAUCACAAAAGGGUUAGAAUUAAGAGUGAAAACAUUCAACCACCUAAGACAAAGAAAACAACUGAGAAUAAGAAAAGGUGUUGUUCCAAUUUGCAAGACACUGCAUCCGAUGAAUUAGUCAGAGACCACAAAGGUAUGUUGAAGAAUCUAAAUGAAGGGAAGAGAAACAUGGAAGCUCUUGAGAAUACCUUCAUGGUGAUAAUGAAACCAACCUUUUUUACUACUGGGUACAUGUAUCUGCCAAGAGCAGCAGUGAGGAGCCAAAACAAACGUCGUGAAGAAUUUGUUACUCUUGUUGUUGGGGACAGAAGAUGGAGGGUUAAAUUGGUUCGUUAUCCAAAUGAUUCAGCUUACUUCACUAAUUUGUUAGAUUUUGCAAGGGACAAUAAUUUGAAAGAAGGAGAUGCUUGCUUUUUCAAACUCAUGAACAUGGGUGAUAACAUGGUGAUUAAGGUUUCCUUUGUAGCCAGAAACUCCUCUCUAAGAGGACAAUAA